UCUCCUGUCAACCGGGAGGAAGCUAAGAUGGCGGCCUUGGCGACCGGUGGGGCAACGUCGAGUGACGGGGCUACCAGUUUCCAACGGAAAGUUCCUGCCAAUAGCCGUCUAGCCACUAUCGCGGGCACGCGGCCCUCAGUUCGCCACGGGCAGCUGCUGCUCUCCAGUGGGCUCCCCUCCCUGGAUUGUGUGCUAGGUGGAGGUUUAGCUGUUGGAACCCUUCUUCUUAUUGGGGAAGAUAAAUACAAUAUUUACUCCAGCUUAUUGUUCAAGUAUUUUCUCGCAGAGGGAAUAGUCUGUGGACAUAAUUUGUUUGUUGCUUCUGCUAAAGAGGAUCCUGCUGACAUUUUAAAGGAGCUUCCAGCACCUAUACUUGAUGAUGUCCACAAAAAACAAUUGGAUGAGGAGGAGUCAGCCGUUAUAUCUAAACAGGAAUCUCGAGAAUCAAUGAAAAUAGCCUGGCGCUACCAGAAUUUACCAAAAAUGGAGGUCAGUCCAGCAGUUUCUGCACGGUUUGGUCACUAUUAUGAUUUAUCUAAAACAUUGUCUCCAGAGCUACUUCAAUCCAGAAAGUGGCACCGCUUUUUCCUUCCUGAAGAAUUGUCCUUGCAGUCUGAAAUAAAAACUUGUAAUAUGACCUGCGGUUACACCAGGCUGCUUCAAUCUAUCCAGAGGAUCAUAUGCCAGGAAGGGUUUGAUGGAUCCUAUCCCCAGAAAAAACAAAAAAAUAUUCUGCGGAUAGGAAUUCAGAGCCUUGGUUCAGUGUUGUGGGGAGAUGACAUUUGUUGCACUGAUAAUCCGGAAUAUAUUCAUAGUCUUACGACAUUUUUGUACGUUCUCCGUGGUCUCCUCAGAAUGUCUUUAUCAGCAUGCAUCAUCACAGUGCCAUCCCAUCUUAUCCAGAAUAAAGCAAUUAUGGAACGUGUAACAAACUUGUCAGAUACGGUAGUUGGUCUUGAAUCAUUUAUCGGCUCUGAGAGAGAAACCAAUCCAUUAUACAAGGAUUACCAUGGUUUGAUUCAUGUACACCAGAUUCCUCAGCUUAAUAGCUUGAUCUGUGAUGUGUCAGGCACGAAGGACCUUGCUUUUAGAUUAAAAAGGAAGCUGUUCUCCAUUGAGCGACUGCAUUUGCCUCCAGACUUGUCAGACACAGUGAGCCGCUCAAGCAAACAGGAUCUGGCAGAAUCCACCAAACUGCUGAGCUCAGGAUGUGGUGCGAUGGCCACGGGCAAGAAGCACCUGGACUUCUAGUGAUUUCUACUUAGCAAUUUCACUCCGAUGUACAUGACACUCUAAUUAUGAUUGUUAAUGACUUAUGAAAAUAUUUUUCUUAAUGAUUUGACCCAGCAGUCCUUAAAAAUACCCAUUAUGAGAAGAGGCCUCGUUUUCUCAUCUUGGUUUCUUUGAAGACGUUUGUUAUUUGUUUGCUUUUUUUUUUUUUACAAAAUAUGCCUCAUAGGUUUUGUUACAUUGAAAAAAUGCUGCAUUGCAUUGUUAUUCUGGAAAUGUAGAAUAUUUUGUUCUUGUCAGAGAAAUAUCAGAAUUAUAUUUGUUGUUAAAGUUGAAGAUGUUUAAUGAAACAAUAACAAAUGUGUUGUUUUUCACAAGCUAAAUGUGUCUGAUUUACAUGAUUGUAUUAAACAUUGAUUAUAAAUGUAAAAUAUAAAUUAGACAGUAUUGUGAACAUUAUUAAAUGAGAUUAAGGAAUUCAUUAUCAUGUCUUAUUUUAAAGCCAAAUUUAGCAAUUAUUAUUUGGAAAAAAAAAUAGUACAUCUGAUGUCAAAACCAAAAGUAGUAUAUAUGACAUUAUUUUACAAAGUAUAUAAACAAUGCAUUCAAAAAUGUAUUGCAGUUUUUCAUAUGUGUUCUACUGUGUCAAUAAUUAAAUUGAUAAAGAAUUUUUCCGUAGUAAGAAUAUAUUAUAGAUAAUUAGUUUGCCUUAUGGGUUAAUAAAUGUAUUAAAAUGCACUUGAGUGGAAUUUAGUAAACAUUGAAAAAAGAAUUGAUUUCCUUGUGUAGUUCAAAACAGUAAUCCCAAACAAUUGAAGUCAGCACUAUGAAAUUAUGUCAACAGACAUAAUUCAAGAUUGAAAUUCAAACUGACAGCUACAUUAAUGGUAGAAAACCAGAAGAGUGCACUGGAGCUUGGGGAAGAGUAUCACAGAAUUCUGGUCUAAAACACAACAGAAAAUAAAACUAAUUCAGGUUUUCAUACCUUUAGGUACACUAUUUAUGAACUUAUGAAUAUUUUGUGUGUGUGUGCGUGUGUGUGUGUGUGUGCAUGGGUGCGUGUUUGUAAUUUCCAGAUAAAAAACUAUUAAAUAUGUUUUAAACCUCUCUUAUAUAUUACUUUGAAUUUGGAAUACUUGGCAGUACUGAUCUGUAAAUUACAUUGUUUUAUAUUAUUUCUUAUGAAGCAGACUUCCAUUUUGAAAGGUGGCAUAUAGGUACAUUGGUACUUCCAAACCAGAUUUUAGAUUACCUUAGCUUACCUAAAAUUCAGCCUUUAUAAUAGGAAAUAAUAUGGCUAGAGUGAAAUUGACUUUCCAAAUAACAUUUUACUAUAAUACAAUAAUGUUAAUGUAUUUGAUAAGAUUCAAACUGAAAAGUUGAUUAAAUGGUUUGCUUUUCUUAUACUAUCCAGGUUUUACUUUAUUUGUUCUUGACAACACUGUGUGUAAAACAAAGACAUAGCUUUUAAAACUGUCUAACUAAUAUGAUGAAUGUCAAUCACUUAAAAAACUCCACUGUAGCAUAAACACAUACUGUAUACAGCUUUUAUUCUGAAUUAGAAUAAUUGAAUCAAUGACAGUGAUUUGCCAGGAUGUCAAAUCUAUCCAUCAUAUCCUGUCACUACCAGUUUAUUUUUUGUGAUCAGAAUCAAAAAGACUACUAUUUUGUCAUCAGCUAUUUCAUUAGUUGUAACAAUCAGGAUUUCUUUUCUCUCGCUUUUUUUUAAAGAUAUGCCUAUUUUAUUUUUUUAUUUCUAAAAACGUGAAUCUUUUUUUUAUCAAAGUUUCAGAACAGAGCUGUCAGUUUCAUAAAGCUUAUACCAAUAUCCUUAUACCAAUAUAUUUAUACCAAUAUACUUAAAUCACCAUUGAUUUCAAAAACAUCAUUUCUCUUUUUGCAUUAGAAAUAGCUCUGAGCAGAAAUUUUCAUCAAAUGCUUAUUACCUUUAGAAACUUUUAAAUAUUUGAAUUCAAAUAAUGUAAACAAAAUGUACAUAUUCUAUAUGGAAACAUAUAUGAGUAUAGACAUCUGAAAUUUGAAGUCAUCAGGUAUAUACAUUUCUUGUCAGCAUAGUUAAUGGGUCAUUGACUUAACACACAGGUGGAAAAUAUCACUAAACUUCACAGCCAAUUUCUAAUUAAUAUAUGACUUGGAAAUAGAUGGUAAAUACUGUAUGUCUAUAUAAAUAUAAUAUUUAUGACUUCAAUUUCAAGUGCUAAAAUAGAUUAGCAUAGAAAUGUUAAAAAAUAUUUUGACUAAUAAGUAAAAGGGAAAUUGCCUACAAAACGAUAUUAAAAUGAUUUUUCUUUUGUUUGUUUUUUCUAAUUCACUGAACAUGCUGUGUGAAAUAAGUUUUACAAUAUGCAUAUGUACAGUGUUCACCUAAGGCAAAAACAUGUAGCAAAAUUUUACCUCUCUUUUCUUCAAAAAUAUUGUGCCGGUUACAACAAAAUAUAUGACAGUGACUUGGUUUUCCCAGUAAAUCAGAUGAGUAAAUUAAAGUUAUUUCACCCUGUUUAAUAGUGUGUAUAAUGUAGUGUUCCACUGGAUCCACAAAUCAACCUUUUCUCUCUCCUUUUUUAGUUUGUGGUAUUGGAUAAAAUAUUUAGCCAUAACAUUGAAUUUGCUAUGAAAUUUCCCUGUACUCACUUUUAAGUGUCUGGCAUAUGGCCCUCGGAACCUUGUAUGCAAAUAUUCCACUAGAUUUUGCCUCUUUUCAUUUGCUAAUAAAUAUUUUUAUUAUAGGAAGCAUAUCAGAUACUUGAACUGACGGACUCUAUGUUUCCUCACAGACUGCCAUAAUUAAUUGCUGACUCUACUUUGCACACCUCCUCCAGAGCCUUGGUGUUGAUUUGGCUGGGACAUCUUUAUGAGAAUUAAAAUGAUUCAAAUUUCUGUUUAGAUAGGUAUUUUCUUUUCCUCGGUAAAUGUUAUGGAUUGCAGAGUUUAGUGUUUUAGUUUUCAGGUUAUUGUUAUGAAAAAGAAGAAAUUGAGCUACCUACAUCUCAGUGGGCUUGAAGCUGAAGCCACUACGCUUCUUGCAUUGAGACUGAUGUUAGGUCUAAAACAUACCAGCAUAGAGACAAAACAGUCUCUUUGCAGUCCCAAUUCAAACUUAUACCCAGAUCUUGACACAAGUAUGAAAAAAAGCAAUAAUGAAAUUUUAAAGAGUUGACUCUUUAAUACGUCAAAUAAGAUUCUUUAUGGAAUAUAUGUAAAGUUGAGGCUAUCGAAAUACAGGUAUUUGAAAUGUGAGGAGCGUAUGAUGAGAUAUUAAACUAUAGCUUUUUUUAAUGUACUUGUAAAGGAAUUUGUAAAGCCACUUUGCAGUUGUAGCUCUAUUCAACGUUAUGUAACAAUAGCUAUUAACACUAGAAGAUGAGCAUUAAACUACUUCAAAUUUGAUGCAUGUAAUAACGUAGAAGCCAACAAGGUGCCACCUUAAAAUUUAAUUUAAAAUAACUGUUAUUCCGAAUAGGAAUUUGGGGAAAAUACAAAAGUAUAAAUUAUAAAAAUACUGAUCGGUCAAGUAUUGAAAACCAAAGCAAGCCUGAAGGCUUUGUGAUACUUGAGAUUUCUUAGGUUGAUUCUUAGACUGGAAGAGAGUAAGUUUAAAAUUACA